CCAUUAACCAUCCGUUCUGUCAAAGAGGAGGAAACGAAGGGAUGCCCAGCCCGGUCCCCGACCACCCGUUCGGGGUCGUCCUCAAGGUGAUAUCCCUCUUCCUCAUCGUCAUCACCCUGCCCUUCUCCCUCCUGCUCUGCCUGGUCGUCGUGCAAGAAUUCGAGCGAGCCGUCAUCUUCAGACUGGGCCGUCUGCAGCCAGGAGGAGCCGCCGGUCCGGGUCUAUUCUUCAUCAUCCCGUGCAUCGACGAGUACCGCGUGGUAGACCUGCGGACCGUGGUCUUCAACGUGUGUCCACAAGAGAUCCUCUCCAAGGACUCGGUGACGGUAGCCGUAGACGCCGUUGUCUACUACCGCGUCUUCAACCCGGUCGCUGCCACCGUCAACAUCAAGGACCACGCCCGGUCCACCAUUCUUCUGGCCGCCACCAUCCUGAGGAACGUGCUGGGGACCAAGAUGCUGUCCGACGUCUUGUCGCAGAGGGAAUCCAUCUCGCGUACGAUGCAGACGCUUCUGGACGUGGCCACAGAUCCGUGGGGGGUGAAGGUCGAGAGGGUGGAGUUGACGGACGUCCAACUGCCCGCUCAGAUGCAGAGGGCCAUGGCCGCGGAAGCGGAGGCCGUGCGAGAAGGGAGGGCGAAGGUUGUGGCGGCCGAAGGAGAACAGCGGGCAGCCGUGGCGCUCAGGAAUGCCGCUAACGUGAUAGCUCAGUCUCCAGCUGCGCUUCAGCUCAGGUACCUGCAGACGCUCGGGACCAUCUCGGCGGAAAAGAACUCAACAAUCGUGUUCCCGUUGCCUCUGGAGCUGUUGCAGACUCUGCUUUUCAGAUAG